AUGCAUCAAGAUUGCAUUCGCAUUCCACCAUUAUCAAUGAGUACCACUGUUGCACAACCUGUUAUCAAUUCACGAAUAUUUUCAAAGCAUCCAACUGCAGAAGAACCAGUUAGUUAUUGUGCACCAUGGGAUCUCAAAUCACAAGAAGAAAAAUUAAAAUUAUUAACAAAUAACCAACAACAAAAACAAUCAACACCUUCUUCUCCAGCCCACACAAAUUUAAUAACUCGAAAUUUGUCGAAUGAAUCAUCACCAUCAACAUUUCGUCAACAAAACAUUAUCGAAACGAAACAACAACUACAGCCAAUGAGUUUAUCGGCUAAUGCUUUAUUACAUCCUGAAACAUCAAAUUUAUCUUUAUCCAUCAAUAAUAGUAACAAUUUUUAUCGUACACGAUCUGCUCGUACAUCAAAAAACUCAUUUCACAUACAAACACAACCUCCGAUUCCUCCAUUGCCUCCAGGUGGCUUGAAAUCAACGUGUUACUAUGGACCUGGAACUGAAAUUGAUCCAUCAUUGAAAAAAAUUGCUUUUUGUUUAAAUGCGCAUGCGUUACGUUGUACAGAUACAAGCCGUUCAUUUAUGUUUUCGGGUUCGACGGAUAAACCACAACAACAUCAACCGUUAACAGUUAAAAUUGAAAACUGUCUCGUUAUCGAAAAUAAACAACAACAACAAUCGCCUCUUCAGUCUAAAAGUAAUACAUCCACAUUAUCAACAACCUCGUCUAUUUCACCAUUACCAAAUCGUUCAUCUUCAUCAAAUGAUUCAUUUCCAAAUAAAAUUCAAACAACAACAGUGAACGGGCCACUUUCAUUUGAAGAAGCACUAUCAAAAUUUAAACGUUUAAGUUCAACUCGUUCAACCAUUUCAUCCUCUUCGUCACUUAAACACGAUCAACAAUCACGAAUAAAUAAUAAUGAAAUAUCAUAUGAACGUCCAUGGGAUGCCAUGCAAACAUCCCUUAUUGGCAGUCUAUCAUCUCCAUCGACUACAGCAAUAACGAGUGGCUUGUUAGGAAAAAAUGUGUUACAUAUAGAAAAUAAUUUAAAAUUAAAACGAGGUACGUCGUCACCACCUCCACAAAUAGUACCAGUAGUUCGCACACCAUAUACUAUGGGAAAAUGUUGUAAUAUAAACAAUGUGCAUCAAGCAGACACAAUUGUUGAAACAAAUAAACUGAGUUUUCGUGGACGUUGUUCUUCUCCGUCAUUGAUUAUAAAAGCAACAGAAAAUAACGCAGUUGAUAAGGAAUUACCGAUUGAUCGUUAUUUUUGGUAUCAUUAUUCACUUCCACGUAGAAAAGCCGAAACAUUAUUAUAUAACCGUCCAUGUGGAAGUUUUCUUGUUCGACAAAGUGAAAGUGGAAAUAAAGAUGAUUAUUCGCUUUCCAUUCGAACUAUAAAUGGUUGUGUUCAUAUGCGAAUUUGUUCAAAUAAUGGUGUUUAUAUACUUGGUCAAUGUUCCCAUCCAUUUCCAACUGUACCGAGAAUGAUUGAAUAUUAUAGUCAAUGUGAAGUACCUAUAAAAGGUGUUCAACAUGUCAAAUUAGCCGAUCCUGUUUUUCGUUCGACAGAAAACGACCUUCUGUAA